CUUUGAACUUGACCUUCAGACUUGGUCACUCCAUCCAGCUACAUUCCAUCCAGCUACAUUACCACCACAGCUUAUCCAACACGACCGACGGCACCAUGAAGGCCGCUCCGCUCCUGGUGUCAUGGCACAAUGAUAAUAACCCCAUCUAUUCAGCACACUUCGAACCACACGGCAAGGGAAGACUUGCGACAGCAGGAGGUGACAACAACGUCAGACUCUGGAAGAUCGACGGCAGCGGAGAAGACAGAAGCGUCACGUACCUAUCGACGCUUGCGAAGCACACACAGGCUGUCAACGUCGUACGAUGGUGCCCGAAAGGUGAAUUGCUCGCAUCGGCCGGAGACGAUGGAAACAUCCUCCUCUGGGUGCCCGGCGAACUCUCACACCUGCACACUACAGCCUUCGGAGAAGAUGGCCUAGAAGAUAAGGAGACAUGGCGCGUAAAGGCCAUGUGUCGGUCGACGGGAUCCGAAAUAUAUGAUCUUGCCUGGUCCCCGGACGGCGUCUUCUUCAUCACGGGCAGCAUGGACAAUGUCGCUCGUAUCUACAACGCCCAGACGGGAUCCGUCAUCCGCCAGGUGGCAGAGCACCACCACUACGUCCAAGGUGUCGCUUGGGACCCGAUGAACGAAUACAUCGCAACCCAGUCAAGCGACCGCUCCGUCCACAUCUACACGCUCAAGACAAAGGACGGCCAAUGCAUUCUCACAAACCAUAACAAGAUCAGCAAGAUGGACAUGCCCACACGUCGCAUCUCGCAAAGCAGUCCCGCCCCGCCUGACUUCCGCGGUCGCGCAUCCUUCGUCGGCAACGAGUCUCCCGCUCCUAGUGCGCCCGGUACUCCUCUGUCGCUCGCCCUUCCUAUGAACCCUCCUCCACAAACUACCCACAGUCGUCGCUCUUCAUUCGGCUCCGUAUCAGUCUCAGGCCAGUCGAUGCGCCGCUCCGUCUCGCCCAGUCCAUCCAUGCCCCUACCCGCUGUCAUGCCCUCACCAUCGCCCAGCAUUGGUGGUGGCUUGAACAUGCCCACUCGCAGCACACCAAUGUAUGCGAACGAAACAUUCACCUCCUUCUUCCGCCGCCUGACCUUCGCACCUGACGGCAGUCUGCUGUUUACGCCAGCAGGCCAGCACAAAGAGGUACACUCUUCUACCGCCGAGCCGAACAAGAUUGACGACGUUGUCAACAUGACCUACAUCUACACAAGAGCUGGGCUCAACAAGCCGCCUGUUGCCAAGCUGCCUGGCCACAAGAAGCCCUCGUUGGCUGUCAAGUGUUCGCCCAUCUUCUACACCCUGCGCGCUUCGCCGGUCCCAACCAAGGACAUAACGAUUGAUACUCAGAUCCCUGAAGAAAUCUCGUUCCUGCCGGAGCCUGUUCUGCCUGCCAAAGCGACCUCCUCGAUGGAGCCUCCUCCAAUCGUGCCCUCCCCUGCUCCAAGUCACGCCCAUUCAGCUGCCAUACCCUCUCCGAGAAGCACAGAAGACGGAUCUGCAGCUCCCACACCUCUACCAGGCCCUCCUUCCGUCUUUGAUCUCCCCUACCGUAUAGUGUAUGCUGUGGCGACACAAGACUCUGUGCAUGUCUAUGACACUCAACAAGCAAAGCCGCUAUGUGUCGUCAGCAACCUACAUUACGCGACUUUCACAGACCUGACCUGGUCGAACGAUGGCAACACCUUGCUCAUGACCUCAUCUGACGGUUUCUGCUCCAGCCUAAACUUUCAACCUGGAGAGCUUGGUGUCCCCUGCCCACAGCCUCCUGUUGCAGCAUCACUGCCUACACCACUUAAGCGCAGCUCAUCAUCACAAGGUCCAAGCAGCGCACCAUCGCCGUCACCCUUUGCGAUGCCAGGCAGCCCCGUCAGGGGUGCUACUGAUACCCCUGAGAUGAGCAGUGUUCCUAGCUUGACUGCUGCUGCCGAAUACCCCUUUAAGAGAAGGCGUAUCGCACCAACACGCGUCGACGACCCCGAGUUAUAGCAUGAAAUGUAUGGCCAAGACACCGUGUUGCAGCUGUUGGCGGGAACCGUGAACUAUGCUAUCAUCAUCUUAAUCGGCUGGGCUGUCUUGGGCUGGUUCUUUCCUCUUUUACCUGGCGCAACUCUAUAGAUACCCUGCAUUAUGCCCCUGAAAUGACAACUUUCCAUUCUUAUUACAUAUCUGACAUAAAUUCAGUCACUCCUCGCCA